AUGAGCAUCCUCAUUCCAUUUUCCUCCAAGUGCAAAGAUAACGCUGAAAGAUAUGCAGAAAAUGCCAAAGGGACCAUCCGGGAGAUCGUCCUCCCCAAAGGCCUGGACCUCGACCGGCCCAAGAGAACCCGGACCUCUUUCACGGCGGAGCAGCUCUACCGGCUGGAGCUGGAGUUCCAGCGCUGCCAAUACGUCGUGGGGAGGGAGCGGACGGAGCUGGCCAGGCAGCUCAACCUCUCCGAGACACAGGUGAAGGUGUGGUUCCAGAACCGGCGGACGAAGCAGAAGAAGGACCAGAGCCGGGACUCAGCCAAGCGCUCCCCGCCGGGGGGCUCCUCCUCCUCCUCCUCGGAGUCCUUCGCCACCUGCAACAUCCUCCGCCUCCUGGAGCAGGGCCGCCUCCUCGCUGCUGCUGCCGCCCCACCACCGCCCCCUCCGGCCCUGCUUUCCCCGGGCGGACCCCCCUCCGCUGCGACCUCUGUGUCCGCCUCCUCCGGUGCCCCCCAGGAAGCCCCUUCGCCUGGGUCCUUCGGCCUGGCGCUGCCCACCCCGCUGGCACCGCCCUCGGCCUUCCCGCUGCGCUGCUUCGGGGGCCUCCAUGACUUGCCCGGCGGGGGCGGUGGGUACGGACUCGGCCCCUCGGCCUUCGAGCCUUACACGCGGGUGGAGAGGAAGGGCGCCCUCACGCUCCCCGCCAAGAAGCCCGGACCCUGACUGCGGCUCCGCAUAAUUAUUCAUAAUUGGGGUGCGGUGUGGUUUUCCGGGCUGCCUGACCAUAUUCCAGCAGCAUUUUCUCCUGACGUUUCACCUGCACCUGUGGCUGCUGGCAUCUUCACAGGAUCUGAUGGUGGUCAAGGAAGUGGAGUCUAUAUACCUGUGGGAUGUCCAGUGUGGGAGGAAAGAACCAUUGUCUGCUAAACAAGUGUAAAGGGUGCAAUUAGCAAGCUUGAUUUGCAAGCGUUGAGUGGGAUCUAUCCCUUAGCAUGUGAGUAUUGUUUACUACCUAGAGCAGGCAUGGGCUAACUUGGGCCUUCCAGGUGUUUUG